AUGGCAAUCAUUUUGGUUGCCGGCAUCCUUGGGGAUCUCCUGUCAGCGUCACCCUUCACGCCGUCACCAUCUGCAUCCUUCGACCGGUCGGCCAUUGUCGAUCUCGGAUACUCCCGCUACCAAGGCUUCGCACUAAGCAAUGGGGUCGAUGAGUACUUGGGCAUAAGAUACGCCAAGCCACCAUUGAACGAGCUACGAUUCCGAGGACCAGAAGAGCCGGAACAGACAGAAGAGGUCUUAGACGCGACCGCGUUCGGACCUGUCUGCGUCGGUGUGGGCCAGAGGACUAGCGAUUCAUUGGGAGAAGAUUGCUUGUUCGUCAACCUUUGGCGGCCAUCCAAUGCGACUACCGACUCCCAUCUCCCGGUGUGGGUGUUCAUCCAGGGGGAGGUGGUGAAGCAAUCCGGACAUGACAUUAUCUUCGUCAACUUCAACUAUCGUGUUGGAGCCCUCGGAUUCCUUGCGAGCGAGGAUGUUCGUCGAGAUGGGGACCUUAAUGUGGGUUUGCUGGACCAGCGCAAGGUGCUCACUUGGGUGCAGAAGCACAUCCGCGAAUUCGGUGGUGACCCUAACCAUGUGGUGAUUCACGGUGACUCGGCUGGAGCUGGCUCGGUCGCUCACCAUCUCACAGCAUACGACGGCCGAGAUAUGAACCUGUUCGUCGGCGCGGUGGCCGAAUCCCCCUUCUGGCCCACGCAGCGCACGGUCGCGGAGACCGAGUUCCAGUACCAGCGGUUUGCGCAGGAUGUUGGUUGCGGCGAUGCGGACAACAUCCUUGCCUGUCUGCGCUCGGUCGAUAUCACGACUAUUAUGAAGUAUGACGUCGAUAAGCCUUUCCCCGGUGGAAGUGACUCGCCGGCUCCAUUGUGGUAUUUCCUCCCCGUGGUGGACGGAAUCCUGAUCACCGAUCGCCUGUAUAGCUUGUUUGGGAACGGCAAGUUCAUCCGGGUGCCUCUGAUUGUUACCGAUGAUACCAACGAGGGCACGCCUUUUGGAUAUAACGCCAGCAGCCCCGCGGAGGUUGCACAGUUCAUGAAGAACAAUUAUCCGGGUCUCAGUGAUGAGGAGCUAGCUGAGAUCAACCAGGCGUAUCCCCUCACCGAUCCUCUUCCCCACCACGCUCCCUACUUCCCAUCCGCCGCCCAGGCAUACGGCGAGUCGACUUUCACCUGCCCUGGAAAUCAUAUGGCCGCCAUGAUGACUCGAUAUUUCUCCUCCUAUCGGGUGUGGAACUAUCGGUUCAAUGUGCGGGACCCGACGGAGAUCGCACGCGGUAUGGGAGUGCCUCAUGUAUUUGAGUUGCCGGCGGUUUUCGGGUUGGGAGAUACCAAUCAAGCAUCCGAAUCCUUCGCCAGCGUCAACGCCAAGAUCGUACCUGUUACGAUGAACUACUAUCUCAGCUUCGUCAAGGCCCUGGACCCGAAUGUGUAUAAGUACGCGGAUGCGCCCGUGUGGAAAACAUGGGGCAUUGGGUAUGGACAACGCUUAAAGAUCCAGACGGGCUCAACAGAAAUGGAACCUGUGCCUCCGGAGCAAAUGGACCGAUGUAUUAUGUGGAGGAAACUUUCCCGGUCCAUGGAGCAUUGA